GUAAAGUCUCAGAAUCCGGAAACACUGGGUGGAAUUCACGCUUCGUGAUGAAUAGUUUGCUCACCCUGCGCUGGAGAGGGCAUGGGAAUGGCGGUUUGUGAGUUAUGCAGUUUCUAUCGUUAGUUUUGACGCGUAUUACAUAAAAAGUAGAAUGUCUCGCAUGAUGCCAAACAUUGUAUGAAGUCACAUCGAUAGCGUCAAUAAUGUGACAUUUGGAUUGGAACUGGUAAAUAUUCUCCCGCCGUCGUACCACGUCCAGGCAAAAAUGUCAGCUGAAUACAGCCGAAGUGUUUUAAAAAUGGUUAUUGCUCAGAUUUGUCAGACAAUAGGAUGGCAUUCUAUUAAUACCACGCCAUUAGAAUUUAUGGUGGAUCUAAUGCAAGAAUAUUUAUUACGCGUUUCAAAACUUACACAUCAAUAUGCUGAAGUUUUGGGAAGAACAGAACCAAAUCUUGAUGAUUUAGGAUUAACAUUUCGAUAUAUGAAUAUUAAUAUACAGGAUCUAGCUGAAUACGUAAAAAAUGUAGACUCUGUUCCAUGCCUUACACAGGUACCACAGUACCCUGUUCGGCGUGAAAAUCAUUUAAAUUUUUUAAAACCGGGCAGUCGUGAAGUUGUCACUAGACCUGUACAUGUGCAUGAACAUUUACCAGCUAUGUAUCCAGAUACCGAAGGUAAUAACUUUUUUAUAUCAGAUAAGAAUGAAAUUGUAAUCAAUGGUACAACUGACGUGACAUCUAGCAAUGGAACAUCAUCAAGCAAUUCAAAUAACACUUCACCUCAUAGAAUGUCGCCACAAGUGGUUUUCAAACGGCCCGGCGAUCCAGUGUCUUUUGAGAGUCCUAUAGUGAAGCGGACGAAAAUUUUAGAAGAAGGUAGACCAUUACGUGAAAUAAGCAGCGUUAUGAUGACCACUUCCGGUUUUUUAUCACCUGCGCGAGAAGGAAAGUUGCCUGAAGCGAGAACGCCGCAUCAAGUACGAUCAGAUUCGCCGCAACCGAGCUCUUAUCCAAUGGUGCCGCCUGAAUUGAAAUGCGACAAGAAACCGAAGAAGGUUGUAAAGAAAGAUGCAGAGGAACGUAAGCUCGACAAGGAGAAUAAGAAGAAGAAAGGUACGAAGGAAUUAUCCAAAGCGGACAAGGUCGACGAUAGCAAAAUUAAAAAAUUGGUCGCGAUGAAGGAACUAGCCAAAUUGAAGCCCUUGAAACCUGGCGGCGGUAAGACGCAGCCCGCCACGUUACAAGAGCUUGUAGGCAGCAGGCCGUCUACGCCGAAGAUCGCGUCGCCGAAAUCAGCCGCCAACAGUCCAAAGUCGUCGAAGGUUGCGCAGCCGAAGGUCAAGACUGAGAAAGUGAUAGAUCUGACGGAUGGCUCUCCCGCUGCAGAGAAAAAGCAGGAUACCGUCGACAAGUUACCUUCGGAACCGGACAAACAGAAGUUGAAUAUAUUCAAGAAGAUAUCGAAACCGCGCGAGGAGAAGGACAAGGACAAGGACAAGGACAAGGAGACGCCGGAACCGCACAAGUACAAGGAAGUUCUCGAUUCGCGCGACAACUCGCCGGAAUUGAUUAUAGAUGUCGAGAAUGCGGAGAAGCAUCGUAACGACGUAGAUGGCAAAGGAGGACGCGAGGAGAAAAAGACGCCGCAUACACCGGACGUGCACAUACAACCGGACGGCGAUUUAGCUGGGAGUCCGCCGUCGGAUGUUUACAUGUUCGACGAUGCUUCACCGCCGGGCACACCUAGUACGCCGAAAACUCCCGAGUUAAGUGUGCCCAUUGUUCCGGAACAACAGAAGCGGAAGAAGAAGGAGAAGAGCAGCAAGAAGAAAGAACCUAAAUUAAAAAGUCCGAAGCAGUGCGUCAGCCCGAAGAAGAUGAAGCUUUCGAAUGAUACCGCAGAAGUGGACAUAUUAGAUCGACCGAAAACACCGCAAGCGCCCGAGCCACCAUUGCACAGAGAGCCCACUCUGCCACCUGCACUUCCACCGUUCCCCUUUUUCCCUCCGUUCCCUUCGGCACCUGGUUUAAUACCCUAUCCAAUGUUCUCACGAUUUCCACUACCGCCGGGCCGAGAUGGGCCAGGUCCCCAUCCCGCGAUGCCGAAUUUAGCACUACCGCCACGUUUUCUCAAUCCAUCCAUGAAGCCCGAAGAUUUUCCGUUGUCCAAAAUCAAACCGAUGGAACGUGAGAAGCCACUGAUUUCCUCGCCAGUCGAAUUUGCAUGUUCAUCAGUUCCAGGCGAAAACGAGAAGGCGGACAAAGAGAAGGUGGAUAAUAAAGUUACAAAAAUGUUUAAACCAAACAAAGAAUUACCUUUCAUGAAAGCACCUGAGAGGAUACCACCUGUAGGCGUUGCACCGCCUAUAAUGUCCGCACCUGUCGCACCAAUCACGCUUGCACCUCAAGUACCCGCCGCGCAAAUGCCACCGUCGAAAAAUUCUAAAACUGAAAAAGCAGAGAAGAAUGAUAUGGUAAAUUCGAAAUCAAAAGAACACAAGAAAGAAAAGAAGGAUAAAUUAAAGAAGAAGAAGGAUAAGAAAGAGAAACAUAAAGAUAAAGGCGAGAAAGUGAAGGAGAAGAAAGAAAAGGCUGAGAAACGCGAGAAAUUGGAAAAGAUUAAAGAGAAAAAGGAGAAGAAAGAGAAGAAAAAGGAAAAGGAUUCAAAUAAGAAAAAUAUGAAGGAAGAUAAGAAUCAAGAAGCUGUUCCAAAAAUCACGUUAAAAUUAGGUACAGCUUCUCCUAGACCCGCAACACCAGACAACGCUCUUACGAAGAAAAUAACAAUUAAACCACUUGUGAAAAAACCCGAUGAAGAGAUCAAGCGGGAACCUAGUCCAGAGUUGGCAAAAAUAUCAGCGUUAGUAACACGACCACCAAAACAAAAGUCAGCAAGUAAGAAAACAGAGGAGGGAUUAUUAGAUGGAAGCCCUGCUCUUCCUACAGACACUUUCUCUGCCAAUCUUAUUAGCGUGCCACUUGCAUCAGUUCCUCGAGCAAAGAAAUCUAAUUUCCAAAGUCUGCCUCAAAGUGAGCAAAUACCUUCGCCUCACUUCGAUCCUCCUAAAAUCCCGAAUCCUCUAGCGCCGCCACAACAACCGCCAUAUUAUUUUGAUCGUGGAGGCCGUCAAGUAUGGAUAUGUCCUGCAUGCGGCAACCAGGAUGAUGGCUCGCCGAUGAUUGGCUGCGACGACUGUGACGCGUGGUAUCACUGGGUAUGCGUCGGCAUGCAAGUCCCACCAGCCGAUGACGAGGAUUGGUACUGUCGUUUCUGCAUAGCGAAGAAGCAAGAGCUGCUCCAUGAUAAGAAGAAGAAAAAGCGGAAAAAGAAGGUGAAAGUAACAGCCUAGUAUAAGCCAACCGGGUCUAAUUGUAUAAGACCCGGUGUCACUGUACCACCUACUACCAAAGUCAAAACAAAGGAUCACAAAAUUGGCGUCAAGAGUGUGAAAACGAAAAAGGUAUCCAAGGGCGAUGUUAAGGUACAAAUGAAGCCGUUGAAAGGAAAAUCGAUAGUAGCUAAAGGAAAGGCUGCGAAGAACAUAGUGAAAGUAAAAACAGUGAAAAAGAAGUAAAGAAGUUGUUACAUUGUGCAAUGCAGUUUAGAUAGAAUUGUAUUUUGUGAAAUGCAAAACAGAUUUAAAUGUACGCUAUGCUAAUUGCUUGUGGUAGUAUUCCAUAUUGUAUUAAAAAUAUUUGUCAGUAUUUUAGUUAUUGAAGGAAUGUUUUUGCUAUCACUCAAGAUACUGAUGAUUAGAUUAUGAUGAUUGAUAGAAUAUGGAAUACUUCUGUUGGUUCUGGAAAGAGCUUCUCGCUUUUCUACUUUGUAUACACACUUAUGAUUUUGUGUCACUGACUGGGUUUACAUGUCAACCUUAAUCGGGUUUAAUAACAUCCGUAAUUAUGAAAGUCAUUCCAUUUUUCAGAGGAAUAUCUAUCAUUGACCAGUUUCACAUACGUACGGAUGUUAUUAAACCCGAUUAAGGGUGAUGUGUAACAGACCUCACUAACACUGUGCGGUUUAUUACACAGUGCGACAAAUUUGUAGCAUAUUUUCUUAGUUCUAAUAGGAGAUCAUAUCUUUCUGUCACAUUAUACUGGCAGACUUCAUAUAGGGGACACUUCGACAAAAAUUAUAUUCAUUUUUAAUACAGAUAUAUUACAUGAAUUAUGUAAAAUAAUAUGUUAAUAUUAUUAGUGAUGUAGAUAGUUAUAUACUUCAUUUCUUUUAUUAUAUAUAUAAUUAAAGACGAGAGAACAUACACAUCAUUGCAUUGCAGAUAAAAUCAUAAUGAGAUACUUUGAUAUUAAUUCUAUAUGUUAUGCUAUGAAUCACUCCACUAAUUUAUACAUUAAUAAAUUAUGAUAUAGUAUGUAUAUCGCAUCUCCGCAAGAAGAGUGACGCAAGUCGAAAUUUUUCGAAUUUUGUAUUAAGUUGAAUUCAAAUACAUUUCGCGCGAGUCCGCUAUAUAAUACUGCCGUUUAAUAUAUAUACAUACUGCCGUAAAUAAUUAAUUUGCAAAUUAUUGUUUAACCAAGCAUAAACAUGUGAAAUUA